AUGAAAAAAUAAGUACUUUAAAUUGAUAAAAAUAAGGUUUUGGGUUAUGGAGCUUAAGGGACAGUAGUUUUUUCAGGGUUCUUUUAACAAAGAGAAAUUGCAAUAAAAUAAAUUUUAAAAGUAAAUAAAGAUCUAGCAGAUAAAAAUAAUUUGAAAAAACUAUUUAUUGAUUGCCUUGAAGGCUUAAAAUAUUUACAUUAACAAGGAGUUUUACAUAGAGAUUUAAAACCUGAAAACGUACUUUUAAGUGUAAACAAUGAAGUUAAAUUAGCCGAUUUCGGACUUUCGAAGUUUAUUGAAAAUUAAAAUGUCUAUUUUACAAAUGAUAUAGGAACAUGGGGUUGGAGGCCUAUAGAAUAAAUAAACAAUUAAUAACUUUCGUAUAAAAGUGACGUUUUUUCUUUAGGAUGUGUUUUUUUUUAUUUAUAUAAUCAAGGGUUGCAUCCUUUUGGUUAGGUUAAUGAGAGAGAAAUGAAUAUUUAAAAAAAUAGAUUUAAUUUAGAUAAUGUAGAUGAUGAAUGCUUUAAAGAUUUAAUUACUAAUAUGAUUUAAUAAAAUGAUAUUUAAAGAUAUUCAGUAUAGGAAUCAAUGGAUCAUCCUUAUUUUUGGAAUGUAGUAAGGAAAAUUGCUUUUAUUUAAGAAUUUAGUGAUUAUAUUGAAACUUAUGAUUAAGAUUAGAAAAUUUCAUUAUUAUUAGAAGAAAAGGCUUAAUUAGAAAAAGUUUCAUUUAAAUAAUGGGAUAAAUAAGUUGAUAUAUCUAUUUUAUCUCAUCCGAAAUUUAAUAAAAAAUAUAAUUUUAAUUCUAUUAAAGAUUUAAUUAGAGCCCUCUCCGAUUUAUUAAAAAGAACCAUUUUAUUAAUAAAUUUAAGUAGAAGAUGA